UCACUGAGUGGUUGGAUGUCUCCACUCGCUCAUCUGCAAAAGAGGGAACUCGAUGCCACCGCAACAGUAUUGGCAAACCGGCAAGAUGAAAGCGAGCAGUCUAGAAAGCGGCUCAUUGAGCAGAGCCGAGAGUUCAAGAAGAACACUCCAGAGGAUUUACGCAAGCAGGUAGCGCCACUGCUGAAGAGCUUCCAAGGGGAGAUUGAUGCACUGAGUAAAAGAAGCAAAGAAGCUGAGGCAGCCUUCUUGAAUGUCUACAAAAGAUUGAUUGAUGUUCCAGAUCCUGUACCAGCCCUGGAUCUCGGGCAGCAGCUCCAGCUCAAAGUGCAGCGCCUGCACGACAUUGAAACAGAAAACCAGAAACUUCGGGAAACACUCGAGGAAUACAACAAGGAAUUUGCUGAAGUGAAAAAUCAAGAGGUUACGAUAAAAGCACUUAAAGAGAAAAUCCGAGAAUAUGAACAGACUCUGAAGAACCAAGCUGAGACUAUAGCUCUCGAAAAGGAACAAAAGUUACAAAAUGAUUUUGCAGAAAAGGAGAGAAAGCUGCAAGAGACACAGAUGUCCACCACCUCAAAGCUGGAAGAAGCGGAACAUAAAGUUCAGACUCUGCAAACAGCCCUGGAAAAAACUCGAACAGAAUUAUUUGACCUGAAAACCAAAUAUGAUGAAGAAAUUACUGCCAAGGCCGAUGAAAUUGAAAUGAUCAUGACGGACCUUGAAAGAGCAAACCAGAGGGCAGAGGUGGCUCAGAGAGAGGCGGAGACCUUAAGAGAGCAGCUCUCGUCAGCCAACCACUCUCUCCAGCUGGCCUCGCAGAUCCAGAAGGCGCCGGACGUGGAGCAGGCCAUAGAGGUGCUGACCCGCUCCAGCCUCGAAGUUGAGUUGGCCGCCAAAGAGCGGGAAAUCGCCCAGCUGGUGGAGGACAUGCAGAGACUGCAGGCUAGCCUCACCAAGCGGCGGGAGAACUCCGCCAGCCAGAUCUCCCAGCUCGAGCAGCAGCUGAGUGCCAAGAACAGCACGCUCAAACAACUGGAAGAAAAACUCAAAGGACAGGCUGACUAUGAAGAGGUGAAGAAAGAACUCAAUAUUCUGAAGUCCAUGGAGUUUGCACCGUCUGAGGGAGCUGGGACACAGGACGCAUCCAAGCCCCUGGAGGUGCUGCUGCUGGAGAAGAACCGCUCGCUGCAGUCCGAGAACGCCUCUCUGCGCAUCUCCAACAGCGACCUGAGCGGGCGCUGUGCAGAGCUGCAGGUCCACGUCACCGAGGCCAUGGCCAUGGUGACUGAGCAGAGGGAGCUGAUUGCCCGCCUGGAGCAGGAUCUCAGCACCAUCCAGUCCAUCCAGCGGCCAGAUGCCGAGGGUGCAGCCGAGCACGGCCUGGAGAAGAUCCCAGAGCCCAUCAAGGAGGCCACCGCCCUGUUCUAUGGACCCACGGCACCAGCCAGCGGCACCCUCCCCGAGGGCCAGGUAGACUCACUGCUGUCCAUCAUCUCCAGCCAGAGGGAGCGUUUCCGGACCCGGAACCAGGAGCUGGAGGCUGAGCACCGCAUGGCCCAGCACACCAUCCAGGCCCUGCAGAGCGAGCUGGACAGCCUGCGCGCCGACAACAUCAAGCUCUUCGAGAAAAUCAAGUUCCUGCAGAACUACUCUGGCCGGGGCGGUGGCAGCGAUGACACGGAGCAGCGGUACUCGUCCCAGUACGAGGAGCGCCUGGACCCCUUCUCCUCCUUCAGCAAGCGGGAGCGGCAGCGGAAGUACCUGAGCCUGAGCCCCUGGGACAAGGCUACACUCAGCAUGGGGCGGCUGGUUCUCUCCAACAAGAUGGCGCGCACCAUCGGCUUCUUCUACACGCUGUUCCUGCAUUGCUUGGUCUUCCUGGUUCUCUACAAGCUGGCGUGGAGCGAGAGCGUGGAGAGGGACUGUACCACCUUCUGCGCCAAGAAGUUUGCCGAUCACCUGCACAAGUUCCACGAGAAUGACAACGGGGCAGCGGCCGGUGACUUGUGGCAGUGAUGUCUCGGGGCCUCCCCACUCACAACAGCGAUGACUGCAUUCCCCACCCCUGCUUAUUCAGCUGCUUCUAAUGACUAGGCUUCCCUAGAAAUUCCCCCAUGGAAACUGCCCUUGCCCUCCACCAGCAGUACCAGAGGUCCUAGUCCCCUUGGGCUCCCUUAAAAUGAUGUCUCAGCCACUUCAGGCCUCCUCGGUCCAGAAAGUCCCAUGGCCCAGCCAGGCUGAGCCACAUGGGUCUCUCAGCCCCAUCUCAGGCUGUGAUCUGGCCUGGGCCCUGCCCAGAGCUUGACCUCUAGCCCUGGUAGCAGGGAUGCUGUGACACUGUGUUCCACUGUUUCUGGCCAUGGUUAAACCAGUCGGGGUCCCCUGGGACCCAUCACCACCUCCCAAGAUGUAGGGGACCCUUCCUUACAGGCCAGGAUUCUGUGAGUCCAUCCCCCCAGCCCACCUUGGUCACGCUCUACCCCACCCCCAGACCCACCAUGAUUUUUGCUUUAUUAUUUAGCAGGUAUUCUGGCUUCUAGGUGAGGAGUCUGCAGUGAGCACACCCCAUGCCAGGGGCUCUUCAGACCCAAGGACUGGUCUGAGGGGCCCAGGUGCUUCUUGGCCAAGCAGAACAUCUUAGCAUGGCCACCUUGGGCCACUGACAGAUUUGCCUAUGUUAAAUUUGCACUUGCGUGUUCAGCUUUGAAUAAACAUAUGGUUGCAGCCACA